GUCUCAAUGCAGUGUCCAGGCAGCUAUUGUGCUGGCCACCGUUUUGGACAAGCAUCCGCCAUCUGCAGCACGUCAGUCAAUUCAGUCACGUCAGCACGCCAGUCUCCUUACAGACUCGUAGUGAGAAUGGGUUCAUCAGGAAACUUCUUUGUCGGUGGUAACUGGAAGUCCAACGGCAGCAAGGACAGUGUCAGCAAGUUGGUCAAGGAUCUGAAUUCCUCCAAGUUCCCCAGCGAUGUCGAUGUCAUUGUGGCCCCCACAUUCCUCCAUUUGCCGUACGUUGUUGACAACAUUGAUCCUCGUUACCAAGUCAGCGCGCAGAACUGCUGGGUGGGCAAGGCAGGAGCCUACACUGGGGAGAUUGCCCCAGAGCAGCUGCUGGAUUUGGGCCUGCAAUGGGUCAUCCUGGGCCAUUCAGAGCGUCGAAGCCUGCUGAAGGAGAGCAAUGAGUUUGUUGGCGAGAAGACCGCCAAUGCCCUCGCUCAGGGCUUGAAGGUCAUUGCCUGCAUUGGUGAGACUCUUGAGCAGCGGGAGUCAGACCAGAUUUAUGAUGUACUUGAUGGCCAGCUCAGUGGCAUCGCGGACCGCAUUGCAGACUGGGAAAAUGUCGUUGUCGCCUACGAGCCUGUCUGGGCUAUCGGCACCGGCAAGGUGGCAACACCAGACCAGGCACAGGAAGUGCAUGCAUACAUCAGGAAGUGGCUUUCUGAGAAGGUUUCCUCAAAGGUGGCAGGAGCCACCAGGAUUAUCUAUGGUGGCUCGGUCAAUGACAAGAACUCGGCGGAGCUUGCUGGGAAAGAGGAUGUGGAUGGAUUCUUGGUGGGCGGUGCCUCGUUGCAGGCAGCCUCCUUUGCCACAAUUUGCAAUGCGAACGCCAAGGUUGCCGCUUGAAUAUGAUGCAGCAGAUCAGACUUUUGUGAGUGGCUAGCGUUGGAGACUCUGUGCGUGAUUUGUGAGACUACCCUGAUCCAUAUGAGCGAUCUAGAAAGCGCCGGCUUGAGGUCUGUGAAAGAUCUGCCCGUGCUGACUUGUACGAUUACCCACGGCAAUGUGGCGUGCCGCUGUGGCGCCACAUAAUGCCCAAUGCGAUAUGGUGCAAAGCUGAGCUUGCCAGCCCACAAGUAUGCAACAAUUUGCAAUGUCUCCAGGCUUGCAACUUAUGUAAAGAGCCAACCUC